AUGGCUGAGGAAAACCAAACUGCAACUCCUGAGUUCCUCCUGUUGGGGUUCUCUGACCUCAGAGCCCUUCGAGGGCCACUGUUCUGGUUGGUGCUUCUGGUCUACCUGAUAACUUUGCUGGGCAACUCACUGAUCAUCUUUCUUACGCAAGCCAGCCCUGUGCUGCACUCCCCCAUGUACUUCUUCCUACGCCAUCUCUCUGUAGUAGAGCUCCUCUACACCACCGACAUUGUGCCCAGAAUCCUGGCUGAUCUGACCUCCUCUCACCCCCAGACCAUUUCCUUCUGGAGCUGUGCAGCCCAGAUGUAUUUCUUCAUUGUCCUGGGCAUCUCAGAGUGCUGCCUACUCACAGCCAUGGCCUACGACCGUUAUGCAGCCAUCUGUCAGCCCCUGCACUACUCCACCCUAAUGAACCAGCGGGCCUGUGCAGCCAUGGUGGGAACCUCAUGGAUCAUGGGCAUCAUCACAGCUACUACCCAUUCCUCCCUCAUCUUCACUCUGCCUUUCCCCAGACACCCCAUCAUUCCACACUUCCUCUGUGACAUCCUCCCAGUACUGAGGCUGGCAAGUGCUGGGAAGCACAGGAGCGAAAUUUCCGUGAUGACAGCCACUGUGGUCUUCAUCAUGAUCCCCUUCUCUCUGAUAGUCACUUCUUAUGCCCGCAUCCUGGGAGCCAUCCUGGCCAUGGCUUCCACCCAGAGCCGCCGCAAGGUCUUCUCUACCUGCUCCUCCCACUUGCUUGUGGUCUCCCUCUUCUUUGGAACGGCCAGUAUCACAUACAUCCGGCCCCGAGCAGGCUCUUCUGUCACCACAGACCGCAUCCUUAGUCUCUUCUACACAGUUGUCACACCCAUGCUCAACCCCAUCAUCUACACUCUCCGUAACAAAGAGGUAACGGGAGCCCUGAAACACAUGAUGAGGAGGUGGGUUCCCUAA